AGUAUUCACACUGGAGAGAAACCUUAUAUAUGUAAGGAAUGUGGAAAAGCCUUUGCUAGACCCUCAAGACUUACUGUACAUAGGAGAAUUCACACUGGAGAGAAGCCGUAUAUAUGUACGGAAUGUGGAAAGGCCUUUGCUAGAGCCUCAAGACUUACUGUACAUAGGAGAAUUCACACUGGAGAGAAACUGUAUAUAUGUAAGGAAUGUGGGAAGGCCUUUACUGAAUCCUCAAGCCUUAGUGUACAUAGGAGAAUUCACACAGGAGAGAAACCGUAUAUAUGUAAGGAAUGUGGAAAGGCCUUUGCUGUCGCCUCACGACUUAGUGUACAUAGGAGAAUUCAUACGGGGGUGAAACCGUAUAUAUGUAAGGAAUGUGGAAAGACAUUUGCUUGGGCCUGCACAUUUAAUAAACAUAGGAAAAUUCACACUGGAGUGAAACCGUAUAUAUGUAAGGAAUGUGGAAAGGCAUUUGCUUUGGCCUCAAGACUUAGUGUACAUAGGAGAAUUCACACUGGAGAGAGACCCUAUGUAUGUAAGGAAUGUGGAAAGGCCUUUACUUUGGCCUCAAGUCUUAGUGCACAUAGGAGAAUUCACACUGGAGUGAAACCGUAUAUAUGUAAGGAAUGUGGAAAGGCAUUUGCUUUGGCCUCAAGACUUAAUGUACAUAGGAGAAUUCACACUGGAGAGAAACCAUAUAUAUGUAAGGAAUGCGGAAAGGCCUUUACUGUAUCCACACGAUUGAGUGCACAUAGGAGAAUUCACACUGGAGAGAAACCAUAUAUAUGUAAGGAAUGUGGAAAGGUGGAUCGUGAGGUGUGGUGGAGAUUUUACGGGGAUGCAGUGGGGGCUGUCUCAGGGUUCAGGAGUGACAGUUUUGAGAUCGUGAUUCUAGGGUGCCACUUUGGCCACGAUCGUCUCCAGCUCCGGGAUGGGGCAACAGUGGCUGAAAGCGGGAAUCAUCUGAGGGCUUGGCUGUUCCAACCGUACCAGCAGUCCUAUGUUUGA